AUGAAGAUGGCGACGAACGGCCGCGUUUUCACAAUCGGGCUGGUGACGUCAUGGUACACAGCGAACAUCGGAGUGCUGCUGCUUAACAAGUACCUCCUCAGCAACUACGGGUUCAAGUACCCGAUCUUCCUCACCAUGUGCCACAUGACGGCCUGCUCGCUCCUCAGCUACGCCGCCGUCGCGUGGCUGAAGAUCGUCCCGAUGCAGACGGUUCGAUCCCGGGUCCAGUUCGCGAAGAUCUCGGCUCUGAGCCUCGUCUUCUGCGUGUCGGUGGUGUUCGGGAACGUCUCCCUGAGGUUUCUGCCCGUUUCGUUUACUCAGGCGAUUGGGGCUACGACGCCGUUUUUUACUGCGGUGUUUGCGUGGUUGAUGACGAUGAAGAGGGAGGCUUGGUUGACUUACUUGGCUCUGGUGCCUGUGGUGGCUGGUGUGGUGAUUGCUAGUGGGGGAGAGCCAAGCUUUCACCUCUUUGGAUUCAUUAUGUGCAUUGCAGCAACAGCUUCGAGAGCACUCAAAUCAGUGCUUCAAGGCAUUUUGCUUUCUUCUGAAGGGGAAAAGCUGAACUCCAUGAAUCUCCUUCUUUACAUGGCUCCAAUAGCUGUCGUGUUCCUUCUGCCUGCUGCUCUCAUCAUGGAGAAAAACGUUGUCGGCAUUACAAUUGCACUCGCAAGAGAUGAUUUUAGAAUCAUUUGGUAUCUUCUGUUCAAUUCAGCGCUUGCCUAUCUCGUGAACUUGACUAAUUUCUUAGUCACGAAACACACUAGCGCCUUGACUCUGCAGGUGCUAGGAAACGCGAAAGGAGCAGUAGCGGUUGUGAUAUCUAUUCUAAUAUUCAAGAACCCGGUGUCAGUGACUGGAAUGCUUGGUUAUGCCCUCACCGUCUGUGGAGUUAUCUUAUAUAGUGAAGCCAAGAAACGGAGCAAAUGACAACACACCAAGAUUCAUCUUCUUCAUCUUUUCCUCCUUAUAUAUAUGUGUGUAUACUUUUUCCCACAGGCACGUAGUCUCCUUGGCUCCUCUUGUCUUGAUGAAAAGCUGGGCCAAAAGCAUGUAUAGUUCUUGAGCAGAAACUGGAGAAGGAAAAGCAACACAAAGAUGAGUACCAAAAGGCAAGCAUUUAGAAGACUUUCUUUGUUAAUAAGUAACCUUUUCUCAUUCUUGGAUUCUCUGGCCUUUCUUCAUAGUAUGUUGUUUUGUUGUAAAAGUAAACGUUGAGUUAGCUUUUGUUGCUUCCAUUCUUUUACGUUUUAGUUUCAUGUUGUCAAAAUUUACACCGAUUGACUAUUUAUAUAUAAUGUUAUUCUUUGAGAAUUCAA